AUGCGUGGUCUUACUUUAAUGUCUUUUACCAUGGCAAGCAACCUUGCGGUUGCCUCUGCUUCCUCACUACCUAUAAUGCUGCGUGAAGUCUCUCCUGACAUGACUUGUGGAAGUACAGGGGCUGGCACAGCUGGAUAUACUUGCGAGACUGGCAUGUGCUGCUCGCAAUAUGGCUAUUGCGGCAACACUACCGACUAUUGUAGUUCUAGUAACGGCUGCCAAGCAGCUUUUGGCGACGCUUGCAUUGAUGAUGAUGGUUCCGGCGACACUGGAGAAGACCGAUGUGGUCCCAGUUUCAACAAUGCCGUGUGCGCUUCAACCGAGUGCUGCUCUGCUGAAGGGUAUUGUGGCACAACGGUUGACCACUGCAAGGCUCCUGAUUGUUUAUUCAACUAUGGACCGGCCUGCGAUGCCAACAAGAUUCCUUCGGGAACCAACACUUCGACCUUGACGCGAUCCAAGCUCGGCAGUAUAGCAUAUGGCGGUGCUGGCAUCUAUAGUUGCGAGACUGCGGGUACCGUGGCCAUCACCUACGAUGACGGCCCGAGUGGCUACACCAGCGACCUUCUCGAUCUCCUGGCCAAGUACAACGCCAAGGCCACCUUUUUCAUCACUGGCAACAACAAUGGCAAGGGAGAGAUUGACAACGCCAGUCUUGCCUGGCCCGCCGUGAUCCAGCGCCAGCACGCUGAUGGACACCAAAUCGCCUCCCACACCUGGUCUCACGCCGAUCUCAGCAACAUCACCUCGCUUCAGCGCAAGAACGAAAUGAUCAAGAACGAAAUGGCCCUCCGCAACAUUCUCGGCUUCAUCCCAACAUACAUGCGACCGCCAUACUCUUCCUGCACGGCCGAGAGUGGCUGCGAGUCCGACCUGGCCGACCUGGGCUACCACGUCGUCUACUUUGACCUCGACACUCAAGACUACCUGCACGACAGCCCCGAUCUGAUCCAAACGUCCAAGGACAUUGUCGAUCAGUUCUUUGACGGCCAUGUCGCCUCGGACUUUGAUGCCCUGGCCAUUGGGCACGACAUUCACUACCAGACCGUCUACAACCUGACCGAGUACAUGCUCAAGGAGAUACAGUCGCUCAACUACACGGCCCUGACGGUGGGCGAGUGUCUCGGCGACCCGGUCGAGAACUGGUACCGCGUCGACUCGAGCACCAGCGUCAUUUCGAGCAGAGUAAGUUCCACUGCCAGCGCAACGUCUUCUGCCAAGACCAGUAGCACUGCCACUUCUGCCGUUGCCUCGACGCUGAGCAGCGUCCUCACAACCACUACCCGUGCUGCAAGCAGCAGUACUCUCGUGAGCCCUACAACCACCACUGCCAGAGCCUCUAGCACUACUACCACUGCUUCCGCUCCUACCACUACUAGCACGAAUAACAACUCUUCGUCCUCAGGUUAG